GACAGGUUUUUUUUUGUUUGUUUUUUUUUUUAAAGAUUCAUUCAUUCAUUUAUUAUAUAUAAGUACACUGUAGCUGUCUUCAGAUACACCAGAAGAGGGCAUCGGUUCUCUUUACAGAUGGUUGUGAGCCACCAUGUGGUUGCUGGGAAUUGAACUCAUGACCUCUGGAAGAGCAGUUGGGUGCUCUUAACCGCUGAGCUAUCUCCAGCCCAAGACAGGUUUUUUUUUUUUUUUCUUUGUAUAGCCCUGGCUAUCCUGGAACUAGCUCUAAUGACUAGGCUAGCCUCAAACUCAGAGAUCUGUCUACCUCUGCCUCCCAGGUUUUGGGAUUAAAAGGUCUGCACUGCCAGCACUGCUGCUACCUCAGACUCUGCCCUGCAAAUCUGUGAAGAGAUGGCAAAAAAAAAAAAUCCCAGCUUGUAGCCUCAACUUCUACUGUGAGCUUCUGAGCUACAUAACCAACUGCCCACUUGAUGUGCUUCCUUUGACCAGCAUCUCAAAAUGAGUUCCUGGGGCCAACGAGCUGGUUCAGUGGGUAAAGGAGCUUGCUGUCAAGCCUGAUGACUUGAGUUUGGUUCCCUGAAUCCAUGACGUGGAAAGCAAGAAUUGAUUCCCACAUCUGUCUUCUGACCUCUGCCACAAGCUGAGUCUCAUCCCUCUUCAAAAAGUAAAUAAGAAAUAAAAAGAAAAUGACAUCCUUGUCUCGAGUGCAAAUUCCUGGUCCCAGAGGUCCAGUAGGGAGACUUCUAAAACUGUCUUUCUCCUUAUUACCUGUCCUAGCUCAAGCCUCCUAAGAAAGCUCUCCUGCCCCUGCUGCCCAACCUAAUGUGAACCCAUUUCACAGAGGGGCACUGGCCCAGUGCUGGAGGACUGGACAGAGCUGCACUGGUUUUUUGAGGCCUCUGUUGGCCCGACAGGGUCAGACUAGGUCAGACAAGGCUUCUGGACAGGACCCCACUGAAUUCUAGGUAGGAGGAGCAAAGGUGGGGGCGGGGGCAGAGUUGCUCUGUGACAGACAAGUGGCCCUCUGGCACUCUGGCACCAUCUGCUGGGCAGACUACUGGGUGAUGAUGGUUUAGGGCAUUAGCUAGGAUGAAGCUGUGCAGCGACAGUCCCCUGUCUUUGCCUUCUCUGAGCCCUUGGGGGCACCCAUCUGUUCUAGUAGGUUCUCCAUUCUGAGGUGGAGUGGAGCAAAGCACAGGGCAUUCUGUUCUGAUAAGCUUUGGCCUCCUGUGUUGGGAUAGCCACAGCCAGGCCCAAAGCCUAUGUCCUCACUUCUCUGAUGUGUAAUCUGGCACCAUUUAUGUAGCCACACCAUCUUUCCCUGGUGUUACAGAGUUGAGCUCCUGCCUGGCACACUAGUUUACACAGUGCCAUUCCUCAGCUCCUGCCUUGGAGGGAGGCCCACAACCUGGGCCUCUGGUGGUAUAGGGUAUAAAUGUGUGUCAACCAACUCUCUCCUCUGUCACUUAGUUGUGGACACCACUCUUGCCUUGAGUUUCUGACGAAGCAUCCUGAGGUGAGCAAAGGCUCUGCGUGGGAUGGCCCACGGAGAGGCAAGGACAGACUUUUCUGGAGCUUUGUCCAAGGUCAAGGGCCAAGGCUAGACUCUGGGCACUAAGCUGUCCUAGGGACCUUCCCACUGCGCUGCUCCCAACACCUUUUGUUGCUCCUCCAGCUUUGGCAGAGAGUGGUUGGGCAGCCAUGUGAAUGAGCGGCCACUGAAGCUCUAAGGUGACACCGACACGAUGUAAAGCACACAGAAUGUAUUACCACAUUGCUGGGUCCUAAAAACAAUCUUUCAGGGUCUGGAGGAAUGGCCUGGCUGUUCAGAGUACUUCUGAAAGAUCUGGGUUCCACUUCCAGCACCUACAUCGGGAAUUCACAACCCUGGCCUCAAACACCAAUAGCUCUGGUUCCAGGGGAUCCAACACCCUCUUCUGGCCUCGGAGGGCAUUUGCAUGGAUAUGGUGCACAUGCAUGCAUUUAGGUACAUACGCAUAAAUAUAAAACAAAUCAUACAUUAAUAUUUUUUUCUUUUUCUUUUUUUAAAAAUUUAUUCAUUUAUUAUAUAUAAGUACACUGUAGCUGUCUUCAGAUACACCAGAAGAGGGCAUCAGAUCUCUUUACAGAUUAUUGUGAGCCACCAUGUGGUUGCUGGGAAUUGAAUUUUAAUAUUUAUUUUUUAAAAAUUUUCUCUUUCUGCUGGGCAGUGGUGGUGCACACCUUUGAUCCCAGCACUUGCAAGGCAGAGGCAGGUGGAUCUCUGUGAGUUAAGGCCAGUCUUGUCUGCAGAGUGAGUUCCAGGACAGAGCUACACACAGAGAAAUCUUAAAAUUUAAUCUAUGUGCAUGUGUGUGUGUAUGUGUGUGUGUGUGUGUGUGUGUGUAUGCUGCACACGCGUGCGCCUGUGUGUUCUGUAUGUUAUGCCAUGCAUGUGGAUAUCAGAAGGCUGCUGAGUCAUCUUGCUGGCCCUAUUUAAAAUUUAUUUUGUGUGUAUGGUGUGUGCGUGCGUGACACAUAUGUUUUUGGAGACCAAAAGACAACAUCUGGGAGUCAGCUCUCUCUCUCUUUUUUUUUUUUUUUUUUUUUUUCCGGAGCUGGGGACCAAACCCAGGGCCUUGCACUCGCUAGGCAAGCGCUCUACCACUGAGCUAAAUCCCCAACCCCGGGAGUUAGCUCUCUUACACCAUGUGGAUACCUGGGUUUGAAUUUGGGUUGACAGGUUUUGAGGCACUGAGCCAUCUCUCCAGUCCACAUGCUACUGUCUUUUGUUUGUUUAGUCAGGUUUUUUGUUGUUUUGUUUUGCUUUUUUUUUUUUCCAAGACGGAAUUUCUCUGUGUAAAAGCUCUGGCCGUCCUGGAACUCACUCUGUAGACCAGGCUGGCUUCAACCUCACAGAGGUGCACCUGCCUCUGCCUCCCAAGUGCUGGGAUUAAAGGUAGUCGCUGCCGUUGUCGGUGGAGCAGCGGCCAUGUGGAGCCUCCGCGGCCUGCGCCUGGAGGCUGGGCAUUAUUUUAGGUUAUAUGAAAGAAAUGCUUCCUCAACUCCAAGGUUAACCAGAAACACCGACUUGAAGAUGAUCAGUGGAUUCUGGACCAAGCCACAGGAAAGUCCCAAAGCUCCAACCCAGUCUUACAGACACGGGGUGCCGCCGCACAAGCCCACAGACUUAGAGAAGAAGAUCCUGCUGUGGUCAGGCCGCUUCAAGAAGGAGGAAGAGAGCCCAGAGACGAUCCGGUUUGAGAUGCUUGGUGCUGCAAAGAACAAGUUCUGGGUGAAGGUCAGCUAUUUAAUGAGGGCCCCCGACAGUGGCAGUUUAUUCUAUAUGGUUAUUGAGGGCAAGAAGGCUGUGAAAAGACGAGUCUUUACAAGCUUGAACCUAGAAAGGAAAGCCUGUCUGAGAGAGGAGGCAGCUAUGAAGGCCAAAACAGACGAGAAGUAUUUGUGCCGGCUUUGGGAAAGCCAGGAGUAAGAUUGCAACAAGAAGCCUGCUUUAGAAAGGAUGUGAUCUAGGGGCUGGGGAUUUAGCUCAGUGGUAGAGCGCUUACCUAGGAAGCAUAAGGCCCUGGGUUCGGUUCCCAGCUCCGAAAAAAAAGAACUAAAAAAAAAAAAAAAAAGAAGAAAGGAUGUGAUCUGAGACCCACUUUGCAGACAUGUGCUUUCCACAGACGUAUUCCACUUCCCUAUUUCUGCUGUAGAGAAACAAGUACAUUUUCUUAAAGAAUGAAAAAAAAAAAGGGGGGGGGGGUUAGGGAUUUAGCUCAGUGGUAGAGCGCUUGCCUAGCAACCACAAGGCCCUAGGUUCGGUCCCCAGCUCCGAAAAAAAGAAAAAAAAAAAAAAAAAAGAAUGAAAAAAAAAAGGGGGAGGUUGUGCUGCCAAUAUGCCUGGCUACAUACAUAACUUUUCUUUUUGCUGAAUUGAUUCAUGAAACCACCUCCUGGAUCAAGAUAGAAAGAGCCUAAGGCUCCAGAGAUCCCCCAACACCCGUCAGCUGCUCAGCAGCCAUUGCUAGUUUUCUUCACCUCCCUUUGUGGUCUUUGUUGAAAAGGAUUCACACAGUAAGUCAUUUUGCACCUAGUGACUUUCGUUCAACAUUGACGUACAUCUAUGCUCUGUUGGUUUUCUCUUUCAGUUUAAAAGUUUAUAGCAGACUGGAGAGAUGGCUCAGCGUCUAAGAGCACUGACUGCUCUUCCUGAGGUCCUGAGUUCAAAUCCCAGCAACCACAUGGUGACUCACAACCAUCUAUGAUGAGGUCUGAUGACCUCUUCUGGUGUGUCUGAAGACAGCUACAGUGUACUCAUAUAUAAUAAAUAAAUAAAUUUUUUUUAAAAAAGUUUAUGGGGGUUGGGGAUUUAGCUCAGUGGUAGAGCGCUUGCCUAGGAGGCGCAAGGCCCUGGGUUCGGUCCCCAGCUCCGAAAAAAAGAACCAAAAAAAAAAAGUUUAUGGCAUGAAUGUCCUGCAGGUUAUUUGUACCGCAGACAGUGUUGUUAUUUCUUGUAGAGAGCAGCAGGGCGAAACAAAGAUGGCACCGACAUCCAGCCUUGUCUGGAUGUCGACAACUUACUGCGCAUGUGCAGGCUUGUCCCCUUGCUAGGGCGGCCAUACGAUAAUGAGAUAUAGGGCGCCCUCCAGUGGUGAACAACAGUACGGCACAUGUGCGGUUUUUGUGCCAGGUGUCAGUUGACCGUUAAUAUGCUAAUGAGGGGCGGUACCACGCUAAUGGGGUGAUUCAUUCUCCGCCAAUCCCUGGAGGACAAGUAGUGGGGUGAUAGUGGGGUGAUCCAUGCCCCACCAAUCCCUGAGAGAUAAUUAGCAUACUGUUGUGUAUAUAAGGCCAGUGACUUUGCUGCUCCGGGUCCCUGUUCAAGAGAGCUGUAACACUAAGAAGAGCUGUAACACUGAGAAGAGCUGUAACACUAAGAAGAGCUGUAACACAGUAAAGGCUUGUUCACAGAAGAAUCCUGUUGCUGCGUGCUGGCGGGACAUUGGGCGCGCAACAAUUUCUAACUUUUUUUUUAAUGUAUGCGAUGUUCUGCCUGCAUAUACGCCCGACUAACAGAAGAGGGCGCCAUAUCCCGUUGCAGACGGUUGUGAGCCACCAUGUGGUUGCUUGGGAAAUUGAACUCAGGACCUCUGGAAGAGCAGUCAGUGCUCUCAACCUCUGAGCCAUCUCUCCGGUCCUAUUUCUAACUUUUGAUUCAUGAAUAAAGCUGCUGUCAUGGCUCGGGCGUGGUCUGAGCGUGACCACUCUGAGGAUCCCCAUCCUGAAAGCUCAGUCUCAAGUGGUGAUGAGGCGGUGGAACCUAAGUGACUCUUUUUUUUUUUCUUUCUUUCUUUUUUCUUUUUUUCCGAGCUGGGGACCGAACCCAGGGCUUUGUGCUUGCUAGGCAAGCGCUCUACCACUGAGCUAAAUCCCCAACCCCCUGACUCUUAACUCUUAAAGUACCUACUUAGAGGUAAGUGGGUCAUGGGGCUCUCCCUUUGAAUGGGGCUAACACUGUUCUUGUGGAGUGAAUUAGUUCUUGACAGAAAGUAUUCGUUCAAAAGUGUCCUCAUCCUAUGUGCUUGGCGCUUAAGACAGUUCUUAUGAAUAUUGAAACAUAACCUAUGGAAGCCAUAUUUUUAAUGAUUUAUUUAUGUUAUGUAUAUAAUAUAACUGUCACUCUCUUCAGACACACCAGAAGAGGGCAUCGGAUCCCAUCACAGAUGGUUGUGAGCCACCAUGUGGUUGGUGGGAGUUGAACUCAGGACUUCUGGAAGAGUAGAUAGUGCUCUUAACCGCUGAGCCAUCUCUCCAGCCCAUGCACUUACUUCUAUUGGACAUAAAUUCAGUACUGGAGUUGCUGAGACCCCAAGUUCAUGGAUGUUUAUCUUUGGUAGGUAUUUCCAAUUAGUGGAGUCCACCAACGCGUUUGAGAGUGUCGGUUCUUCCAUGGCCUUGUCAACACUUGAUACUGUCAGUCUUUUAAGUUUAGCCAUUCCAGAGACAUAAAUAAAUUUGCCAAAAACGAUGACAUUUCUCAUUACUGUCAUCAAGGUCUGACUUACAAAUGAGGAGAGUGACAGGCUGGAAGGCACCUUUCCCCUAUCUCAUGAGACAUUUAAAGCAGGUGGGUGGUCGCAGGUCUGCAGAAUUUCUGAGUGAGCUCAGACCCAGGAAUCUGAAAUCUGAGAGCGGUAGGAGUUAAUCUUCUUCUUACCUGCUCUGGAACACGUGUAACCACAACACCCCACUGAGAAGACCAUGGGUGGACAGUCUUGUACUGUAGCACCUGGAGUACUUCCCUAUGCAAAUAGAGCAUCACCAGCGUCGCAAGCUCAGCCAAUAGGAAACAUCUACCCCCUAAAUCCCACCCCACUACUUAAGGUUCAUCUGUCCCUGUCCAUGUGGAAUAAAGCUCACAAGUUACUUCACUGAGGAUUGAGGUCACCUGAGAGUGCUGUCUUUACUGAGCUGUAACACUUGGGGAAGCAUUCUCUCUCCAGAAGCGUUCAUUGAUGGACCUUGGACCUGCCUGGGGGACAGGCUCAAACCGCUGCCACGCCUAUAGCUGUUGCUGUCAAUGCUGCGGUAGCUGAUGAGAGACUUGGGACCUUGGCUACCUGCCCAGCACAGGCUGUCCAAACCUCCUCGCUUCUCCUCUAAGAGCUGUAACACUUCCGCAUUCCCGCUGUACCGGAGCUCGGUGAAAGUCCUGACUCCCCUUCCCCCUCCACGGAGCCAGCAAACAGCACACCUGUAGCCAUAUGAACUUGAAACACCUCGGACUUGCGUCUAUCAAAAUGGCAGCUCUCCAUUUACUACUGCUCCCCCAACAGUUGAAACCAGAGUGUGAUGGUUAAUGUCAACUUGACAAGAUCUAGAAUAAACCUGUGGGUUUAGUAUGACCCUUUCACAGGGGUCACCUAAGACCAUGGGGAAACAGAUGUUUACAUUGUGAUUCAUAACAGUAGCAAUAUUACAGUUAUGAAGUAGCAACAAAAAUAAUUUUAUGGCUGGGGGUCAACCCAAUGUGAGAGAACUGUAUUAAAGUUCACAGCUUUAGGAAGGCGGAGAGUCACUGCUCUAGACACCUGUGAGGGUUUAUUCAGAUUAGGUUAAUGAGAUGAGACCACUCUAAUGGAGGGCCACACCAUUUAUUCUGGGCUUGAGGCUUAGACUAUGGAAAGAGGAAAAAGCUGGGGAUGGAAAGAUGGCUCAGUGGUUAAGAGUGUUUUCUGCUCUUGCAAAAGACUUGAAUUUGGGUCCCAGCACCUGGUUAUUCUCUCUCUCUCUCUCUCUCUCUCUCUCUCUCUCUCUCUCUCACACACACACACACACACACACACACACACACACACACAGAGAGAGACAAACACACAUUUAUUUUUAAAAAUAAAUGUUGUUUUUUUUUUCUAGAUAGUCCAGGCUGUCUAGGACUGUCUUGGAACUCAUUCUGUAGACCAGAUUGGCUUCAAACUCUUACAGAUCCACCUGUCUUCUGCCUCCUGAGUGCUGGUAUUAAAGACAUGCACUAUCAUGGCAUGGCUCAUAAAUUAAAAAAAAAAAAACAAAAACCUGUCGUAAGUUAACCGAACUUAAAUGCUCAUUGUUCUCUGCUCCUCCUGACUAGGGAUACAACGUGACCAGCUGCCUCAGUCUCCUACCACUGCACCUACUGUGAGCCAAGAUAAAUCCUUUCUCCCUUAAGUUGCUUUUUUCAGAGUGUUGGGGUCUGAAAGUCACCCCACAACUAUAUGAACAUCGAUGUCAGUCAGACAGGGAUGGUUCAUUGAACACAUAUCCUAGUACUGAUCAAAUCAGGGAUGAGGUUCAGAAUUAUUCGAGCAUGUGACAACAAACAUCUCUCAGACAGGCUUAUAAAUGACAAAACUGGGUUGAAGAGAUGACUCAGAGGUUGAGAGGACUGACUAUUCUUCUAGAGGUCCUGAGUUCAAUUCCCAGCAACCACAUGGUGGCUCACAGCCAUCUGUAAUGAGAUCAGAUGCCCUCUUCUGGUGUGUCUGAAGACAGCUACAGUGUACUUAUGUAUAAUAAAUAAAUAAAUCUUUAAAAGAAAGAAAGAAAGAACAAAAGGCGUUGAGGAUUUAGCUCUGUGGUAGAGCACUUGCCUAGCAAGCACAAAGCCCUGGAUUCCAUCCUCAGCUCCAGAAAAAAAAAAAAGAUAAAAGAAAAAAAAGAAGAGAAAAAAAAAAGGAGCCACAAUGAGCUCAUACACAGAUUCAGGAAGUGUUUCCUGGUGGUCAGCUCUGACUCGGGAUAUUUUAGAGGUUCAUAUUAGAACUUUUUUAGAGGUAUAUUUAAAGAUUCAUAUUGACCUUUAAGUUGAUGGGUCGUAUGUAUAAAGCUUUGUGGAAUUUCUUAAAAUUAAACCUCAUACAGAACAUAGCAGGGAUGUGGUCAGCUUGACCCUGCUCUGAGUCAUUAUUUUUGUGUGUCAAUGACUGGCAGGCAUAUUACAGCAGCAAUAUGAAAUAGCUGGCUGGCAUGGGACAAAAUGGCUGCAGCUAUGCUGGGGGAGGGGGUCAGACUACAACACAGGGUAUUUUAGCACAGCAACAGAGGUACCUAAUACACUAGGUAAAGAUUCUACCAACGAGCUUUUUAGUUUAAGAUAUGGUUUCCCUAUAUAGUCAGGCUGUCCUCAAACUUGCAAUCCUUUUGCCUCAGUCUCCUAACUCCUGGGAUUGUAGAUGUGUUAGCAUUCUUAGCAAGAAACUUGGUGGCAGGACCCAGGGACAGUUUUCCCCACUUUCAGACUCCCCAAAUUAAUCUGGAGGUUUUGAUCUGCCCCUGUUGUUGGGUUGGAGCAUGGGGGAGUGAGUAUGGGAGAGCCUCUUCUCAGAUUCACACUGGCAGUAACUGCUCUCUUUUGGGCCUUAAUUCCUCCAAUCCCAGCGUUUUGGCAAAGGGUCACUGUCAGGCCUCCUCCUUUUCAAUUCUUGAAUUCUUCCAACACAGGAGAGCAGGUCUCAGAGAAAAAGUAGUUCACUCAGGAUUAUAUAACAGAGGCGGGUGGUGAGCUCUAGAGUGGCGGCCCCAGAAAGAGGCAACACAGUAGCAGUCUGCAGUCAGGAGAUCUCAGAACAAGCACACUGAAUUACUGCUGUUGUAUGACAGUGUUCCUGGGGCGAUGCUAACACUGUCUAAUCACCUGGCACAGGGAACAGAAGGCAGACAGAAGCAAGCAACCACCGAGUUCAACCUAGUGGGCCAGUGAGUUUUACGAGGAUUGAGUGUAGUUGAGGGGUUACUUAUAGGAGCAGAAAUAUCUCAAACACAGCUGUGUCCCGAAAAGCCCACCCCAGCAUGGGUGACUGCUCGUGAAAGCUAGAAACCAGGAGCACACUGCACACUGUGCAGGCAGCUAGCUCAACAGCUUAAGAGUCACUUCCCUGGUCUUUGCCUCUUCUAGUUGCUGACACUUCUCUGAUAAAGUCUGUGUGUUCUUCACUGCCUCUGUAUGCUCAUGGAAGGGCAGAGCCUAGUGAACCCGGCCAGUCUCAGGUACUUUCUGAAGCUAUUGAGUCAUUUACAGAAUUCUAUACCUUCCCUUGCAGGGUUAUCAGGAGCUUCCCUUUGAGAAGGAAAGCUACUUAAUUUAGAUGCGAUCCUCUGGCCUCCCAUGCACACCAAGAGUCUUCCCUAUGGGUGGAUGCCUAAGGUAACAGGAACUGAAUCCUGAGCUGCUCUGGGUCACAUGGCUGAUUUAUUGUUUGGCUGAGACAGGGUCCCGUCUAGAGAUUGAUGGGGGAGGACCCUGCCCAUUACAGGCAAUGCUGUUCCCAGACAAGUGGUCCUGAGUCAGUAAGACAGCAAGCCUGUAAGCAGCACCCCUCCAUGGCCCCUUCAUCAGCUCCUCUCUCUAGGUCCCUGCUUUCCCUGCUUUUGAUGAUGACCUGUUAUAUAGACCCAUGAGCAAAAUAAACCCUUUCCUCCCGCAGUUGCUUUCGGCCAUGGUUUUUCAUCGUAGCAAUAGUAACCCUAAGACACACUCAUAAAUAACACACAAACAAAUCACAUUUAAAACAAAACAAGAACAAACACACCAGGACGUUGGGGUUGGGAAUGUAGCUCAACUGGUAGAGUGCUCAUCAAGAAGCACAAAGCCCUGAGCUCCACCCCCCCCCCAAGUAUACAGACGAGACAUGGUGUGCACAUUUUUGAUCUCAGUACUUGAGAGGUAAAGACAGAAGGACCAGAAGUUCAAGGUCACCCUCAGCCACAUAGCAAGUUGGAGAUACGUGACCCUGAGAUACGUGAUGGGACCCUGUCUCAGCCAAACAAUAAAUCAGCCAUGUGACCCAGAGCAGCUCAGGAUUCAGUUCCUGUUACGGUCAGAUCUCAUGGAGGCAUUUUCUCACCCGAGGGGUCUCUCUUCUCCGAUGACUUUAGCUUGUGUCGUUAGUACAGAAUGUUUGCCUACAUCUAAGCAAGCACACCACGUCACUACAGUGCCACCUGCAGAGGCCGGAAGAGCUCACCAGAUCCCCAUGAGAUACCUAACAUGGGUGCAGAGACCUGGACUCCGGUCCAUGCUACAGCAGCAAGUGCUCUUAAAUGCUGCAUCUCUGCCCACCCCACCCCCCCAUUCCUGUUUUUUUUUUUUUUUUUUUUUCUGGGUGUAACCCUGUACACAUUUAUUCACACUCAGUUUCAUUAUUCUAAGAAAGUAUCAAACCAGCUUGCAAAACAAUAACUGAGUAUGUGUGGUACAGAAAGAGCUGGAAUGAUUGUGGUGGUUAAAUAUCAUGGAUGAAUAGCUUGCUUUCAUUUGUCAGCAACCUUUGUAGUGGCAGGCUUCCGGUGGGCAGACAAGUUCCUCAGUUCCAUGACCAGAUGACCAAGGAGAAUUCUUACAUCUUGCAUUUGUCUGAGAAGGCGGUUUAUCCGGUAAGUAAGGUAGGGGUCUGAGAAGGAGAAUACUGGCUGCUCAUCAGAAGGAGUGGGUAAUAAAGGCAGAGGACCAGGAGCUUUUGCAGGAGGAGGGGUUUCUGGAGUAGCUGGUUUCUGAAGAGAUUGCUCCUCCAUAUUCGCGCUCGUCCAAAAAGCCCC